AUGAACGUGCUCGUGAUUGGGGCCACUGGCCUUUGUGGGGCACACUUCGUCGAGUACGCCCUCGAGUCGACGAAGGUCGCGAAACUGUACACUCUGUCGAGGUCCGACUGGCCCACGGGGCAGGACCCACAGGGGAAACUGGUGAAGCUGAUCGAACCAGAUAGUACCCUGUGGGGGCGCGCCAUGAGGGACAUCCCAGGAAACCUCGACGUGCUGAUUUGUGCUCUCGGAACAACAAGGGCUCGGUCCAACGCGGAGGAACAGUACGCCGUGGACCACGACUUGACACUCGAAUUGGCCACCGUCGCAAAGAGGGAAAAACACGCCCACACGGUCGUCGUCGUCUCCUCCACGGGGGCACACCCUGAGUCCCGCUUCUUCUACGCAAGGAUGAAAGGCGACGUGGAGAGAGAUAUCACCGAACUUCAAUUUAACCACACGGUGUUACUUCGCCCGGGGAUCCUCUUGGGGGAACGGUACAAGCCACACGUCGGGUACAGAGACUUCCUCGGGACUAGAUUUGGGGCCUUGUUCUACAGGUCCAGAUUCCAGGCAUGGGCACUGUACCCUAUCAGGGGCAGCGAAGUCGCGAAAGUCGGACUCCAUUUGGCUCUGGAGGAACUACCGGAGGACCAGAAAGUCCAGAUCAGGGAGAGUAACGAGAUCUUGGACCCUGCCGAGAAGAUUUAA